AGCUGGUGCAUCAGCUGCUAAACCUGGACCAGCUGUGAGCUGAUGACCCAGAGUCCUACACGUAAAUUCUCUAGGCAUGACCACUGCGCCGAGGACUAAUUCACCUAACACAUCCCAAAGAUGAGGGAUUGCAGCAUCUUCAAGGGCCUUUCAGCACACAACAAAAGUGCUGUAUUCUCUAUGAUGUAAAUGAAUCGUUUCAGUGAUGUUCCCCUGGCAGAUGAGGGCUAAGAUGGAAGACGUUUCUACGUAACAAUUUUCCAUGAUUAUUUACUUUGCAAUCAACUGAAUCUUCCUCUGGGAAGACAGGGCUAUAAUCUGGUUUGAUAUUCCUGCAAUACCUGCUGAACAGUACGAAGAGAUGGGGACCACAGAGGCCACAUUGCGUAUGGAAAAUGUUGAUGUGGAAGUUAAAGAAAAAUGGCAGGAUGAGGACUUUCCAAAGCCACUUCCUGAAGACACAGGAUUGGAUACUCUUGGUUCUCCCACAGAUGACAUUACAUCUUCUCCGCCGAGUACGCUAAACAUCAGUGGAUCUCAUCGCAAGCGUAAAACCCUAGUAGCUCCAGAGAUUAAUAUCUCAUUAGACCAGAGUGAAGGCUCUGUACUUUCUGAUGACUUUCUAGAUACGCCAGAUGAUCUGGACAUCAAUGUGGAUGAUAUUGAGACUCCAGAUGAAACAGAUUCAUUAGAGUUCCUGGCCAAUGGAAAUGAGUUGGAAUGGGAAGAUGACACACCUGUUGCAAGUGCCAAGAAUAUGCCUGGAGACAGCGCUGACUUGUUUGGUGAUGGAGCUGUGGAAGAAGGCGGUACUACAAAUGGACGCAUGUGGAGGACUGUGAUCAUAGGCGAGCAGGAACAUCGCAUUGAUCUGCAAAUGAUCAAACCAUACAUGAAGGUGGUUACACAUGGAGGGUACUACGGUGAGGGUCUGAACGCCAUCAUUGUAUUUGCUGCUUGUUGUCUACCUGACAGCACCUGUCCAGAUUACCAUUACAUCAUGGAGAAUCUUUUCCUAUAUGUAAUAAGUAGUUUGGAGUUGCUAGUGGCUGAGGAUUACAUGAUUGUUUACCUGAAUGGUGCCACACCUCGACGUAGAAUGCCGGGGCUAGGAUGGCUGAAGAAGUGCUAUCAGAUGAUAGAUAGGAGACUGAGAAAAAAUUUGAAAUCUUUAAUAAUUGUCCACCCUUCCUGGUUCAUCAGGACUGUAUUGGCAAUCUCCAGACCAUUCAUAAGCGUGAAGUUUAUCAGUAAGAUACAGUAUGUGCAUAGUCUGGAGGAACUGGAGCAAAUAAUUCCUAUGGAGAAUGUACAUAUCCCUGAAUGCGUCUUACAGUAUGAUGAAGAAAGAAUUAAAGCUAGGAGAGAAAGGGUAGAAGAAAAAGAGGAUAAUGUUGUAACAACAAGCGUUCCACAGGCUGAAAAUCCCGCUUGUAAAUGAAGUUUUGGAAACAAGAUGGCUUUGGUGCACCUCUUUACCAUGAAACUAUCCUUAAUUUGCCAUUGAUGCUCCCUGUCUGGAUUUUCACCUUCAAAACUCUUUGGUCUGCUCAGAAAUGCUUUCCAACUCUCAAGUUUAGUGUAUUGUUAACUUAUUUCUGUGAAUUAUGUAUCCUUCUUACCAAUGAAGUCUUGGAUUUCCUUCACUGGAUAGCAAAUGAACAUGUUAAAGUUUUUCAACUAUUGUAUACAUUUUUCUCAUGCAUGUAUGCAAGUUUGACGAUUCCAGCACAUACUGUUACAAUGGAACAAGAAUAGGUUUCAGGUAUAAUAGGAGAUUGAAGAAAACCGUUUCACAAGAAAAAUUCUUGACAGAAUUUUGGAAACAGACACGGUGGAGCGGCAGGGUCAAGAUUUGCAACAAAUGAGGCUUGUUCAUAACUUGAGGAAUCAGUAAAGAAAAUAAUUUUAACUCAUUCAUCUUUGGUAAAAUUCUGAUGACUUUUAAAGCGUUUCAAAUGAAAAUAUAGGAAUUAAGGGGAAAUUGAAGUGUUUGUGGCCACUCAAUAUUUGCAACUACACAAGUGUUAUAUUUAAUAUGAGAAAAAAAAAGUCAAGGACUGUCAUCCUUGUAGGGGUAUUCCAGGAUUUUGUUACUGAUGGCCUGUCCUUAGGAUAGGCCAUUAAUAUCUGAUCAGCAAGGGUCUGAUGCCCCACUGAACAGAUGUUUCAGUGUAAGGGUACUUUC